AUGCCAAAGGUCUCGGAUAAUAUUGUUAGGAAUGUGCACAGUGAUUUGAAAGCGUCUAGCAGUUCGAAAAAGUUGGAUACGGAAUUCAAGAAGGACGAAGAAUCUCAAGAGGUGGACACGGGCACGGGCGAGCAAAAACAAGAGGCCUCGAACGCAUCUACGGAAGGGACGGUUGAUCCAGAGCAAAAAGAACAGCAAGAUCAAGUUGCUCGCUCGGUAGGGUGGCUAGAGUGGCUCUCAAUGACGAAGAUAACGAGCGAUACAAGCCAGGAAGCGGCCAAAUCCACGCCAGCAAAGGAGGAUCCUCUACCUACUUCUCCGCCAGCUGAACCAGCCCCGCCAAAGAUUGAAUCUGAGAAUAGAGAGGCUUCCGCUAGUGAUGAAACCCACAAAACUGGUCCUAGCCUGACACCUAAGGAGAACCAGACUCCCCAGGCAAGGUCCUGGCUGCAGUUGUGGGGCGGGCCUAAUACAGUCUCACAAGCAACACGUCCCCAAGAACCAACUUCAGGCCCUCAAGAUAUGAAAGACAACACAGCUCCACCACGAUCUAAUGGAUUAGAAGAAAAUACCAACUCUUCACAGCUUGAGGAUACGGUACCUACCAGUCAACCGACUGAACACAAAACCCAUGAGCGAGCAGGAUCCGUAUCUGCAUGGCUAUUCUGGCCAAGAACACAACUGGAGGUCGAUUCUACUGCCAAAAAAGAGGAACAGUCCACGGAAAAUGAUGUACUACCCGACAGAAACUCAGGAGAGCAACCAAAAGCACCGACCAUGGCCGCAGACUCACAGGGCGUCUCCACUCCAAAGAAUGGGCGUGUCAAGGCUUCAACAGCCGCGUCUCAACCCACUGCCUCGACUGAGACUUCUACACCAAGUGUCCCAAAAGAGCCACCACUUCAGCCAGCAAAUGUUCCCGCACCUUCUCCCCCAAAGAAGGGAGAACAUGCGCCACCGAACCAGGUUCUUCCAUCCUUCCAAACGAGUUUCCCACUCGAGAGCAGGCCUGGUAUUAUCGAGCAGCUCAGCCGCCUACUUUAUAAAAAAGGAUCGGAGCCAAAGCAUGUCUUAAGAAGUCAAACCACUCCGCAGAUAAAAAAGGCUAUCGCCAUUGGAGUGCAUGGGUAUUUCCCCACGCCUUUAAUUCGGACUGUUAUAGGGCAACCGACAGGGACUUCUGUUAAGUUCGCCACAAUGGCAGCCAGAGCAAUUGAAGAAUGGGCAGAUGAAAAUAAUUCACCGUGUCACAUUGAAAAAAUUGCACUUGAGGGCGAAGGUCGUAUCUCUGAACGUGUUGACUUGCUUUGGAAGCUGCUCCUCAAUUGGAUCGAGCAUAUUAGAGAGGCUGAUUUUGUAUUGAUCUCUUGCCACAGCCAGGGAGUCCCUGUUGCAACAAUGCUGGUCUCGAAAUUAAUAGCCUUUGGCUGUGUUAGCUCUGCACGGAUCGGCAUAUGCGCCAUGGCGGGCAUUAAUUUGGGGCCGUUUGGUGAUUAUAGGUCUCGCUGGAUUAGUGGGUCGGCGGGAGAAUUAUUUGACUUUGCAGACGCGGAAAGCAAGGUCUCACAGGAUUAUAGAACAGCUCUGAAAGCUGUUCUCGAGUUCGGAGUCAAGGUUACUUAUGUUGGGAGUAUAGACGAUCAACUCGUAUCAAUGGAGUCGUCUACGUUUUCAACUAUUUCUCAUCCUCAUGUUUACCGCGCAGUAUUCGUUGAUGGAAGGGUUCAUGCGCCUAGCUUUCUGUCGCAUUUAGUUGGCUUCACCAUGAAGCUGCGUAACCUAGGGGUCUCAGACCACGGCCUCAUUCGAGAACUUAGCUCUCCUCUUGCCGGAAGUUUAUAUACUGGAGAAGGGCAUUCCCGCCUUUACGACGACAAAAAUGUUUACAAGUUAGCCAUAAGGUUCGCCCUAGAAACAACACAGAUCAACAGUGCAGCCAUCCAGUUUCACAAAACAUCUGCCCCAACAGCAUCGACCACAACAUCGAAUCCGUAUAUCCUUCCAUUUGCAAUGCGUGGCGUCCUUGAGGAAGAAAGGAAUAAGGUCUAA